AUGGAUCUUGUUCUUAGUGAUAGAGCUUCAAAAGUUAUAGACUCGAAGAAAGCUCGUGAGCAGCCGCAGAAGAGACCCAGAGCAGUGGUGCCUGAAGUUACUGUCUUAUUCUCCAAGAGGUCUGAGCACACUACAAAAUGUAUCAGAACGAGCCUGCAGGCCCCACGCAGACUCGAGGAGCUAGCAGCGCAGAGUCUGCUGAGAGACCCGUGCUUGAACACCUCCACUCUGGAUGAGCUGCCAGGGGAACUCUUCCCCCUGAUGCUUAUGGAGGCCUUCAGCAGCAGGCACUAUGAGAUUCUAUAGGCCAUGGUGUGGACCUGGCCCUUCCCCCGCCUCCCUCUGGGGUCCCUGAUGAAGACACCUCACCUGGAGACCUUGCGAGCUGUGCUGGAGGGACUUGAUUCACUGGUGUACAUGCAGGUUCGCCCCAGGAGGUGGAAACUUCAAGUGCUUGAUUUGGGGAAUGUUGAUGAGAAUUUCUGGACCACGUGGUCUGGACCCAGGGCCCUGUCGUGCUCCCCAGAGGCCACGAGUAAGAGGCAGACAGUGGAGGACCGUCCAAGGACGGGAGAGCGUAAGCUGUUGACAAUGUUCAUACAUGAGCCCUUGAAGGUGUUCAUAGAUGUCGGCCUCAAGGAGAGUACCCUGGAUGAGUGGCUGAGCCACCUCUGUGACUGGAUUCACCACAGAAGAGGUUUAGUACAGCUGUGUUGUCGUAAGGUGCAGAAUUACCCAAUGCCCGCUUUACAAUUCAGAAAAUUAGUGGAAAUGAUAUACCCAGACAGUAUCCAGGAGUUGGAAGUCCAGAGAAAGUGCUCGCUGGAUAGACCACCAGGAAAGUUUGCCCCUUACCUGAGCCAGUUAAGUGAGCUUCACAAAGUCUUGGUAGCCUUCGGUUAUGAUCAUGAGUUAUCCGUGUGCGCCCAACAGCAGUUCAUUCCUGACUUGGAAACUCCAUCCCUCAGCCUGGGCUGCCCUGAGAGUUUUUUAAUAAGAAUGGCCAAUCAUAUCAAUGAACACCAGGACCACCUGCACAGGGAUUUCAAAGAUCUGAUCGAGAGAGCUGGAAACCAUCAUUUUCACUUCUAA